AUGCUCCCACACAAAACGCCAUCAAUGCUAAAACUCAAGAUACUCCUAUUGUCAUCAUGCCCAACAAUGUGGCAUUUUCUCUUGAAAUCCCUAAAAAAAUUCUAUAGCAAGGGAUUUGAAGAUUUCGUGACCUAUCUUAUCGCAUGUCCAAUUCGUUAUGCUCUUGAUGAUGUAGCCGAUCCUUUUCUUCCACAACAUGGUUUUGAGUUCUACUAUACUUCUGCCUACUAUAAUACUGAAGUGAUUGUUGGCGCAUUAGGACAUGGUGAGCAUAAUAUCGUAAUGACUAUGAUUGAUUUCCAAAGAUCCUUACGUCUUCCAAUUCAAGAUGAAUACUUUCCUCUUCCCUCUAUGGAUGAAUGUUGUGCUGUACUUGAAAAACUAGAUUAUGAUUUUGAUGCUCAAUAUAAUCAUAAUGUUCUCCGUAUGCAUCUUCCAACUACUUGGAAGUUUCUUACUGGUGUUAUUGGGAAGUGUCUCACUCACAAAAUGAGAAGUCUUGAUCAGAUGAACUCCUUUGAACAACAUAUCCUCUUAUCCGUCAUCAAGAAUAAGCAGCUUGAUUUUAACCAACUUAUAUUUGAUCAAAUUGAUGAGAUUAUCAAAGGAAGUAAAAGAUCUACUAAUGUUCCUUACCCUUGGUGGUUUGCACAGAUAUUUCAAUAUUUUGGAAAUGAUCAACAACCUCCACCUGGUUCUUCUGGAGCUCCUUCAACAGGUGGUACUGCAUCCACCAUUCAUCCUCCAUUGCAUGUUGGUCCUUCUCCAUCAAAUCUGUCUCCUCUAAAUAAUACACCUCUAUCUUCUCCAACUCCACAGAACCAAAAUCUUACACUCACUCUUGCUAUACCCUCUCAAUCUGAUGAUGGCAAAAAGGGGAGAAUUUCAUUGAGUCUACUGUAA